GGGCCUGUUGCACAAAAGUAGAAUUAAGACAUCCGGGAUAAAUGACUCAGCUGAGCUCAAUGAAGCCAAAACAUGUGUGUCCAGGCUUAAUUGGUUGCACAAAGACCAAGCCAGGAUGAGCAGACACGGAUUCAUUAAGCCAGGUGAAACCAAUCCUGGAUAGGUGCGCGCUCACGGCUCACUCAAAUAGACCCCGCCACAGAUCACAGAUUAACUGAUUUACCAUGGCAACUAGAGCCGCGUACUUUUCCCCGUCGGAAGCACAAAUCCUCAUGGAGGCAUACGAGGAGGUAAAAUAUAUAAUUAAGAAGAAAGGCAACACCGCCACAGUGAUAAAGCAAAGAGAAAAAGCGUGGCAAAGUAUUGCAGACCGCCUGAAUGCAUUAAACAUGAACGGGCCAAAACGGACAUGGCAGCAGGUCAAAAUCAAAUAAAAGAACAUUCUGCAGAAUGGUAUGGUCCCUGACUAAUAUUUAACAAAGCACAAGCAUAUAUUGUACCCAGAAGGUGCCUGCUCACACAUUGUCUGUACUGUUUUAGCAGUGAAAAAGAAUACCCACAGACAAGGCACGGGUGGUGGGUCACCAAAGGCUGACCUUACCCCAGCAGAGGACAUGGCCUUGGAGCUAAAUAAAGGCAGGCCCGUCUUAGAGGGGAUCCCUGGGGGAAAGAGACGAGCAUAGGUUCCUCCCAAGAUGCCACCCGCUUCAUUCAAGUGCCUGGCAGCACUGUGUUCCUGUUAGAGCCACCAGCACAAGCACCAGACGAUGCUGAUCCAGGUGAAGGCCCCAGUGCAGCAGCAACAGCACAUGAUGGAGACGAUGAUGAGGAGGAGACCAUCUCUCUGGAUUCCAGAAGGCAUGAGGACCCAGAUGCUAUACAGUGGGAAAACCAGCCUGGCAACAUAAGCUCACAAGCUAUCAGAAAGUUGUAUGGCAACCACCUCCGGCGCCAAAUAGAACUGGCAGACAUAGACAUUCAGUACAAGAAGAAAAAGAUGGAAAAUCUUGCACUGGAGUCCGAAAUAAAAAAGAGGACAAUUAGGAAACUGGACCUUGAAAUAAAAAAACUUGAGAGGGAGCUCCAAGAAGAUGACACAGCUCAAAAUAAAAAUUAGCAAUCAGUACAACCAAGUCAUCGUUAUAAGGCAUCGCCCUCUUUUUGCCCCCCCCCAGCACCAGGUGUGGCCACUAGCCUAUAUGAAGGCCCAAAAUUGUGUGUUCCUUUCUGCUCUGACAAUGGCAUGCCCAUUCGUGCGAGAUGUGGUGGAUGAAGAAGCACUUGUGCUGAGGAGAGCCUUCAGGCGAGAAAGGGUCUUCAGGGACCGGUUGGACCCACUGGCCUUCCCUGAUGACCAUCUAUAUGAAAGAUACAGGUUUUCUGCAGAUGGCAUCAGGUAUCUAUGCAGACUACUGGGUCCCAGGAUUAAGCACCGCACUGCACGGAGCCAUGCACUGAGUGUGGAGCAAAUGGUUUGUGUGGCCUUGCGCUUUUUUGCUAGUGGAGCCUUCCUGUACUCAGUGGGGGAUGCAGAACAGCUGAACAAGGCCACAAUUUGCCGCACAAUAAGGAGUGUGUGUCUGGCUAUCAAAGCAUUAGCAGAUGUCUUCAUCUCCUUCCCUGGCCACAGAAGACUCUGUGACAUCAAAGAGGAGUUCUAUAGGAUUGCAGGUUUCCCCAAUGUCAUUGGUGCAGUGGACUGCACACACAUAAGGAUAAAAGCCCCCUCAGGUGCCCAUGAGGCCGAUUUUGUGAAUAGGAAAUCCUUUCACAGCAUUAAUGUUCAGAUGGUCUGCAAUGCUGACUGUGUGAUCAGCAAUGUUGUGGCAAAAUGGCCUGGCUCAGUCCAUGACUCCAGAAUCUUUCGGGCCUCUGAAAUCUAUCAGUGCCUAUCACAAGGUGAAUUCUCUGGUGUGUUGCUGGGAGACAGGGGUAUGGCUGCCAGCCUUUUCUCCUGACACCUUUCACAGACCCCCAGGAAGCACAGCAGGCCUACAACCAUGCCCAUGCCAGGACCAGGGCCAGAGUUGAAAUGACCUUUGGCCUCCUGAAGGCACGCUUUCACUGCCUUCACAAAUUAAGGGUCAGCCCUGUUAGGGCAUGUGAUAUUACUGUGGCUUGUGCUGUCCUCCACAAUGUGGCCUGCCUGAGGAAGGAGAGGGCCCCCAGAGUGCCACCAGCCAUGGACUGGGACAAUCCGGCAAUCUUCCCUGAUGACGACAGUGGUCGGCUGCUGAGGGACCAAUAUGUGUUGAAUUAUUUUAGUUAGUAUGUGUGCUUUCAAUUUUGGUUAAAUAUGUCCUGCGGUGGCAGAGGAAUUUGU